GGGGGAUUGCUUCCUCGAUCGCGCAUCGUGUCGUCAGCGCCUUAUCCGAAGCCACGGAGUGUCGAGUUUUUCCCCGGAGCUUGAUCCCUGAGUCGCGAUCAGCCAUUUCUAAACAGUUGGUAGGAUUUGUGUGAGCGUGCGUGCAUAGGUGCGCCAAGCCUCGUCGAUCGGGUCGAAAGAAUCCGCACCGCGCUCGGAUUAGCCCGCGACUUAACCUCUGAUGCCAAUGGCCUGACCGUACACGAGCCGGCGCCUCGUCUCUUCGCUUCGGCCUCCUGCGGGUGCCCUUCAUCGUCCUCGUGAGUCCUGAGCCUCGCCGUACCUGCAACGGCCUUUGUUUCUCCACCGGGGAACCGUUUCCUGGCCGCGCCGCCCGGACUCUCGGACAGCCGUCUCGUGCCCGCGACGACGGGCUAACCUCAAAAGCGCAAGGCUCCGCCGAGCGCCGCGACACCUCGACCUGACCCUCGUCGUCAUGAAGCUCAUCGACCACGUGGUGCGCAGCUUCAAAGUGGCGAAAGUGUUCCGAGAAAACACCGACCGCAUCAAUAGCAUCGACUUCUCGCCCAGCGGCGACACCUUAAUAUCCUGCUCCGAGGAUGAUCAAAUCGUCAUCUACGACUGCGAGAAGGGCACGCAGGUCCGCACCGUCAACUCGAAGAAGUACGGAGUGGACCUGAUUCACUUCACCCAUGCCAAGAACACUGCCAUACACAGCAGCACCAAGGUCGACGAUACCAUACGAUACCUCAGUCUGCACGAUAAUAAAUAUAUCAGAUACUUUCCAGGACACACGAAAAAGGUCGUCUCGCUGUGCAUUAGCCCUAUCGAGGAUACCUUUCUCUCGGGCUCGUUGGACAAGUCGCUGCGCCUUUGGGAUCUGCGCUCUCCAAAUUGUCACGGAGUUAUGAACGUCUCGGGCAGACCGGUGGCUGCGUAUGACCCGGAGGGAUUGAUAUUUGCGGCGGGGGUCAAUUCAGAGUGUAUUAAGUUGUACGACUUGAGGAGCUUCGACAAGGGGCCGUUCGUUACGUUCAAGCUGUCGCAGGAGAAGGAGUGCGACUGGACUGGACUCAAGUUUAGCAGAGAUGGGAAGACGAUUCUUAUUUCCACUAAUGGGAGUAUCAUUCGACUCGUUGACGCUUUCCAUGGUACACCACUGCAGACAUUUGCAGGUUAUCUGAACAACAAAGGCAUCGCCAUCGAGGCGAGCUUUAGUCCAGACUCCCAGUUUGUCUUUAGUGGCUCAACGGAUGGACGUGUCCAUGUCUGGUAUGCGGAUACUGGGUAUAAGGUCUGCGUUCUCAAAGGGGACCAUCCGGCUCCUGUUCAGUGCAUCCAGUUUAAUCCAAAGUAUAUGAUGUUGGCAUCUGCGUGCACUAAUAUGGCUUUCUGGCUGCCCACUGUGGAGGACACGGCGUAAAGGAACCAAUGACCGGUCUUUGGUGAUACACAAUGAGGAAGGAAGUCGAGAAUGGACAGCGAGGAUCGUGCACGGCGAAACGACUUCGGUGCGGCCGUUGGCAUUGUCUCUAUUUAAAGAAAAAACGUUGCAUUUAAAACUAAGUACAUUAGCAAACCUGCAAAUGGAAGAGGCAUCGAUUGGAAUGCACUUUGAUGUGAGGCGGAAACGAACAUAGGCGAUGUCUUGAUGUUCACCCGAUAAUGACAUGCUGGCAUUCUACUCCGAGGAUAAUGAGAUUCAUCUAGGGAUGCCAGAAAUGUAAACAUGUGUGUACUAUCGAUUCAAAGAGACAAGGCUUAGGCAUGAUUCACUUCGGCUAGGAUGAGAAUUCAUCCUAAUUAACGGUAUCCCUGAUAUUCCGAUCUGAACGAUAAUGACAUUACUUGAUACUUUCCAUCACGUAUUAAGAUUGAAAGGCAUGGUAGCGCUUGAACAAGUUCAAGUCUUUUAUUUACACCGAAGAUGUUUCUUUCAUGAGUCUCACUGUACACCGAGUCAUUAAGGAUGUAUUCACGUCUGGAUUAUAUUCCAAGAAUUGGAAUAACUAAAAGGAUCGUUGAAGUGGGCCUUCAUUUGGAAUUCAACUUUGUUUCAAAUGGCCUGUCGGAACAGUCAUCGAAGGUACUAAACCCAUGUUCAUCGGUAUUGAAUUCCAAUAACCCAAUGUGAAUAUAUCCAACAUGGUGAGAAAUGUUCACAUGAACUGUGCAGAUCGCGUAUAACUGGUCAACUCGCAUAUCAAUUUAUCUUCCUAUGAUGAGGUUUGAGAAUCCAUGCCGAAAGGAUUGCAAGUGUGCAAGACAUUGGCUAGGACAUCCCGUAGUGCUAAGUGAAAAUGAAGGUUGCCUGCCUCACCUGUCCAGUGCUAUUGUAUCAGUUUAACAUUUGUACUUUGCAUCAGAUAACGCUCCACUGGGAAUUUGCUUCGGUGGACUCUUUAUAAUGUCAUGUCAUUAUUUCAUGGCGCGAUGAACGCGACCAUCUACACGAACGGAACUCGCGACAGUAGCGAGGCAGUCUCGUAUGUUGCACGCUACGAAGUAUAUCUCGCUAGUAUUUCGGAUAUAUCGUCCCGUGUACAUAGUCUCCUCCUGUACCUGCGUUUAGCAUUUUAAUACUAGUACUUUAUGUCGCUUCAUUUCGAGUACAUGGAAUACUUUUAAUUUCUGCAUAUUAACUCCAAGAGAUAACCAAGUACAUGGCUCGAGUCUGAUCAUUCUUUGGAAACUUUUUGAAUUUUUUUUUUGUAUUGCAGCGCUGUCUUAGAUUCAGACACACUCGAAUGUAGGGCAAAGUCUUUGCACUGUUUCAAACUGCUCAUCUUCUGUCACAGAGUGCAUCUGAAUUCAACAAAUAGAAUUCGAGGAAUGCUUAAGAUGUCAGCCAUGUAAUGUCAGUCUUUGUUCCAUUAACAGAAGUUGUCAUCAAACUGACUUGGCAACCUAUCCUUUUUCUUUUUCAUUUUUUUCUUUAUGCGACGUCGAUUGCUAGUUGUCAUUAACUGCAACCGAAUCUUUGCGCUUGACAGGAUCCAAGUGAUGACGCUCUCUUGAUGUUUCAACUGAGGACCGUUAAGGGAACUAUUGGAGUAGGAUAAGAUGGUUUUUAUUAGAUGGGUUUUUUCAUUCGGUUUAGGAAUUUAUAGGUCCGACGUUUAACUUGGAGAACUUAAGGGGCCGAAUCCUCUGGUAUUCAAUUUGAAACACAGUGAACGAUUAAUGUCAUUCGGUACAAUGCUUUCUGUCGGAUGCAGAAAAGGGUUCGGAGCAUAACUAUGCAUCGUCGUUUGUUGUAAAUAUGACACGUAAUUAUUUCCAUUAGGUUUUUAACGUUGAUAACGAUAAUCCUUAUAUAAUGUUAAGACAACAAUGUGGUUCUUUUUUGUCAGAAGAAAAGAAAAGGAAAAAAAACACGUAAGAGCAUGCGUGCGAUGGACGUGUCCUUGAUGUCCGAUGUAUGUCGGUGUACGAAUGUGAGUGCGUAAGAGUGCCACUGUAAAAUAGUAUUUUUUAUAACGGCAACAAGCGUAUAAUCGAAAGUGUACCCGAGUAAACGGACUUGCCGGAAGGCUAAUGUCAAACGUCGAAGUGUCAAAAUGACAGGUGUAAACUUGGCGGUGUGGAAGACCUCGUUAGAGAUUUGUCUCGAGUGUACGUGAGUGAACACAAUUCACCGGAGAGCUGCGUCGAGAGAAACCAAAGUCAGAGAAUUCGACUCGAUUGAACGAUGGAUCUUCAUUGUAUGCGCAUGCAAAGAGAAGACAGGAAAAGUCUCGGCAGUUUCAAGAGUUGUUACGGCAGGCUGUGAUUACAUUCUAGACUCAGACAUACUGUAAAGCCAGUGAACGUUGAAGCAAUUGAUGACAUCGGUGUGAAAAUUGUGAAACGGAACGUCAUACAGUUUUGUUAUUGUAUACUUGUUUUGUAAUCUACAAGUUGACAGUUGGCACGGUUCUGGAAUGUAACCGGCAGAAAUAGCGUAACAAUCUCAUGGAAUUGGUUUUUGAACGGAGAAUUUUUUCUCUUCUCUGUGUCACCUCGAGAAGGGCUUUUCGAGAUUAGGAUCAGCGCCGCAUCGAGUCUCGACUCCAUCCAGGCCGGCGCUUUGAAAUCGUGAGAUAUAUUUGGCCUGCGUUAAUUAUUAUUAAGAAAUUGAGAAGAUUUCGAUACGAAACUCGCGUUAACGAAGUAAUUAAUCCAUUUUUCUAUGGAACCUCUUGAUCUCAAACACUUAAUGUAAUUCCAUGUUUUAGGAGUAACAAAGUGUCAUCGUAGUAAGAGCCCUAGUGUUUGAAAUCUCGUCUCGGAGUAAGACUCGAAUGGACCUUCAACGUUGCGCUCUUUCCUGACUUCGAAAGUGCUGUGUCGUAGCGAAGAUAACCUUAUGCUUCCUCGAGGAAAGGUAUAUUCAGUGCGUCGUGUGAACGUGUCGUUGAACGACAUACUGCCAGGCUAAUCUCGCGUUUAAUGCACUUUAAAUGGCUUUAAGCUCUCGUUUCUUCGCCUUUAAAACAACCACAACCUGUCGAACGUUCCGCUUUCUUUGUUCGAACACCUGCGAAUCCUUCAGGGCAUUAGUUAGUUCGGUCCAUGGUAAACUUGAUGGUAGGAUAUAACUCUGUCUCGAAGUCUAAAAUCCUUUUAGUCGGUAUACAUUAUUAUAUACCUCUGUCGUUGUCUUCGAAGUCAAACAGUAAGCGCUGUCAAAGCUCUCGUAGUGAAUCGAGGCUGUCUGUCCAGGAGAGACGAGGAUGCUCCGUGUCAAAAAACUAACUCAGUUGAUUUUUAUACUUAUAAUUUCUGCUAGGACUUUGGAAAUUUGACAAGUAAAAUUUUUACGACUAAAUUUCUCUGAAGAAAUAUUGUUUAUUCGGUGUAACCUCCUCUUUGUUGACAAGUAAGACUAGAUACCCGUCUCUCCUUAAAUUAUAGAAGCUAAUAGAUUUAGAAUGUUAAGAAGUUUAGGAUAAGGAAAUGUGACAUCGUAUCUUUGCUUCGAAGGCCAAUACGACCCAUGACAUCCAUGUCCUUUGUAAAAGUACAUGUGAAAAGGUUUUUUUGCUUUGGAGACAAGUUACGAAAGGCUCUGGUCGAUUCGAAUUAGACUCCGUGCUACCUUUCUAAAUAGGAUUGCCACCUUCAAGAGGGAGUUCUUUACACUUCUGUACACUUUGACUUCUUCUGUCUCGAUAAUACUUUUUAAUGGAUUAUAUUUCUUUGGUCGAAGCACAAAAGCACUCUUCGAGGACUAUCCAGUUGUUAAAAUUUGAUCGGUCGAUUAAGCGACUCUUAAGUUGAGUUACAAUGUGCUCCGGCCAGUGAAAUUGUUUACAAAAAAAACUGUUUCUUCCUCGUUGUUUUCUCCAUUUUUUCCUCUUUCUUUUUGUAAAUUUGGGAGUAAUGACCGUUGCAUCCAGUAGACGUAGUCCUGGGGCAAACUGUUCCUUUUUAAUUCCCAAGUAAUACCGCUGGCGAAAUAAAUAUUUUAUAUAAAAGUAAGUAACAGAUUAGGUUUAAAAGAAAUUGACAAAUGUCCACCUGGUAUAGGUAUACAUUGUAUUAUACGUAUUUUGUAAGCGCGAUAAAAUUUGGUUGUAUGAAUGAUUUAAGAGAAGGUUUAAAUAUUUAAGCGACGUGUAAAUCGUGGUCAAGUAUAGCGGAAACUUUUAUUUUAAAUACAGACGCAUUAUUUAACUAUCCGAACUUUAUUUAUGUCUUCGGUAUUCCCAAGCUCCAAUACUAGAAUUAAUUGGUAUUUAGACCUCGACGAGGUUUUAGUUACAGCAAUUACUAGAAAUCUGUGAAACUCGGUAAAUUGACAAUAGGUGUGUACUUCUUUGCAAUAGAGAUUAACUGAUAUUAAUCAAAUUAUUAUAAUUUCCUAUUUUGAUUACUUUUCAGCAUUAUCGAUAGCAUUCGUACUUAUGAGAAUUAUGUUUUCCAGCAUUUAUUAAUUCAUUCUGCAUUCGUAGUGCCAAAAGUCAUGGCUGAAAGGCGUACAAUUGAAUGUUUAUUCAAUUAUCCUUUCCAAUGCAUGCGCAGGGAAGAUAACUUUAAUCAUCUUCGAUCUAUUCGCUGUUCAUCGUUCCAGUAACAAAACUUAGGAAUAUAAUGCUGGCAUGUAAAUGUACUUUUGAGUGCUUCUUUACAUGCCUUUAAUUAACAGGAUUGGAAACUAAAGCUGAUAAAAAGUGAAAAUUUGGCAUUUUAAUAGCAGCUUAAAUAUUUAAGUAUCUUUUACGUCAUUACAGUCGAACUUGUAUACGUAUAAUAAUUAUGUUAGCCAGGUGCUAUCUAGUGGAAUCUUAUUAAAUUGAGAUGCAUUUUCACCGUAUUUCGGAGGUCAUUCCUAAAAUCUUUCACUCGAGCUGUAUUACUUGGGUUUUCUUUCCCUUCGUUAAGAUACAACGCCCAUGGCUUUUAUAUGUAUUUGGCGCGAAACUCUACAGAGUUUUCCGAUAAGUCCGGGCUGUGUUCACAAUCGAGGAAAUCUCGUUCUCCUUUUAUAAACAAGAAACAAACACGUGUGUCGCCGUACUUGGAAUUUCUUCAAGAACUGAAUGUGACAAUUAGACUUUUUUUUUCUUAACGUACCGCAGAAAAGUCAUUCGAUUACUAACUUAAGAUGCACGACAAAUGGUAUUUUUAUUUUUAUGUACGAUGUCUAGAUGGCCGUUCGAAAUUGAAUUGUGAAUAAAAUAAGUUUAUUUUGUAAAGCC